AUGUGUCAGCGACAGUGGGUUAAAUUUUGGUGCGGCGAUUUACGCUAUGCUGAAAUCCGCUGCGAUCAAAACCCAGCCGGUCGGACAUUCGAGAGUUGUGUCACUCGCCAGACUACAGAACUUUUAAGGGACGGAAGAGGCCCGCUGGGUCAUUGGGAUCCAAGUCUUUAUCGCUGUCCAGGAAGGUGCAUCGAUUGGGAAAAACUCACCGGAAAGAACUCUGGCAAUGUGAAGGACGUGGUACUCGAUAAACUCGCUUGGAUUCCUUGCAGGGGAGAAUGGCAUGCCGCAAAUGCCGAUCGUCUCAGCAAUGUCGCUCCCGAUCUCUAUCACGAUACGGCUUCAAGAAACAGCAAGACUGGAAGUUCUGGGCGUCCUCAAAAGAAAUUGAAAGUGAGCGCUAAAGAUAUCAUCGCCAAAACUAGCGACAUUCUCGACUGCGAUUCUUCCGUCGAGACUUUACACAUUUAG